GACACGACAAGUUUUACUUAUCUUUUGGUUCCUGUUGGAAUCCUAGUUCAUAUCGUCUACCUAGCCUCCAUAUUUGACAUAUAUUUCACAUCACCCCUCGUACACGGCAUGGAGCCAUUCAAGAGUACUCUAGAACCACCAGCAAGAAGGCUGGUGCUGUUUGUAGCUGACGGCUUACGAGCUGACAAGUUUUACGAGAUGAACGAGAAGGGCGCGACCCGAUCUCCUUAUCUUCGUCAUGUCAUCGAAACUAAAGGAAGCUGGGGGGUUUCACAUACGAGAGUUCCUACUGAGUCACGGCCGGGUCAUGUUGCUCUUAUUGCUGGAUUUUACGAAGAUGUUAGCGCAGUUGCUAAAGGUUGGAAAGAAAAUCCUGUAGAAUUUGACUCUGCCUUCAAUGAGAGUUGCUAUACCUGGUCCUGGGGGAGUCCAGAUAUUCUGCCAAUGUUUGCUAAGGGGGCAACAGGAGAUCAUGUGUUCACAUCCACGUAUCCUGCAGGAAUGGAGGAUUUUGCUGACAAAGAUGCAUCUAAACUAGAUGCUUGGGUCUUUGAUGAAGUAAAGAGUUUCUUUGAUAAAGCUAAGGACGAUGAAGUUCUUGCACAGAAACUAUCUGAAGGAAAGAUUAUUUUCUUCCUCCAUCUUUUAGGAAUAGAUACUAAUGGUCAUGCACACAGACCAACAUCUGAUGAAUACCUGAAUAACAUAGCCUUUGUGGACCAGGGAAUCAAGAAAAUAGUAAACCUUUUUGAAGACUACUAUGGCAAUGAUGGAAAGACUGCAUAUAUAAUGACAUCAGACCAUGGAAUGACAAACUGGGGGUCACACGGAGCAGGCCACACCCAUGAGACAUUGACACCCCUUGUUGCUUGGGGUGCAGGGAUUAGGGGACCAAUCUCAAGUAAAGAUAAUGAUGGUGGUGGCAAAGAUAAGGAAUCAUUUCAAUGGAAAUUAUCACAUUUAACAAGAUCAGAUGUUAAUCAGGCUGAUAUUGCACCACUAAUGACCUCACUUAUUGGGGUUCCUUUUCCAUUGAAUUCUGUAGGUAUUGUACCAGUGGAGUAUUUCAACAACACAGCUCUGUUUACUGCAGAGAACCUUUUAACCAAUGCAAGACAGAUCCUUGCUCAGUACCAGGUCAAAGAGGAGUAUAGAAGGAAAACCUCUUUAAUUUUUAGACCUUAUAAACCUCUUCCAGGUUCAAAGCAAGUUGGUAUUGUACGAGACAUAAAAGCACUCCUUCACUCAGAGGAGUAUGAAAAGGCCUCAAAGCUCAGCAAGCAGUUGAUUGACUUAUCUCUAAAAGGAUUGAAUUAUUACCAGAAUUAUGACCGCAUAUUCCUCAACACUGUUGUCACACUUGGUUUUCUUGGAUGGAUCAUGUCCAUCAUACUUUGGAUCUUUCUGACACACACAUAUGUCUUGCAAGAAACUGUCAAGUYCAAUAUCUCUCCAAUCAAACCAUUACUACAGGACAAAAAUGUUAACACAUUUUUCAUUGGUCUGGGAGUCAUUGCAGUGGUUAUUUUAGUUUGCCAAUCAGCUCCAUUCAUGUAUUAUAUCUAUUGUUUUCUCCCGAUCAUAUUUUGGAACUAUAUUAUCAAAAGACUUCAUAUCAUAAAAUCCAUUCUUAACUACAUCUCUAGAAAUAAGCUGGGGAAAAAGCUGUCUUUUACUCUGAUAUUUGGUCUAUUAUCAGUCGAAAUUUUAGUUCUAAGCUUUUUCCAAAGAGAAGUAUUGUGUUUGGGACUACUUUGUUUUUCUCUUUGGAUUUUCUCAACAAAAUUAUUAUCACUGUGCCCUGCCACGGCACUUGCCUGGAUGGUUACAUCUGGAUUGCUAGCUGUGUUUCCAAUGUUGCCUGUGGUAGGCCGAGAUGCAAACUACUCUCUUGUGACUUUAGCUGGUCUCUUUACAGUGAUUGUUUUCCUUGGCAUCUUGGUGCUCUGUUCAAGAAUUUCAGAAGACUUCUGUCAAGAAUUGCAAAAGAGUAGCAGUGUCUUGUUAUAUCAGUUUAUCGCCAUUGUUUUUGCUAUUUAUAAUGUUAAUACAGCAUCUUCUAGCUUCAAACAGAAGAAAGGUUUACCCCUAUUGAAUCAAAUUUCAAGCUGGACAAUUUUGUUAUCUUCAUUUGUGGUCCCCUUGUUCAGCUCAAAGAAUUUGGCCAUUCGCAUUACAAGUAUAGUUCUGGGUUUAACAUCAUCUUACCUUCUCAUGAGCACAGCAUAUGAAGGCUUAUUCUUGUUAGCGUUAUCUCUACUCAUGUCAGCAUGGUUGGUAUGCGAGCAUAAGCUUUCUGGAGGAACUUUGAAGAGCUUGUUGGAGAUCAACAUUGGGUCAGAUCAUAAUGUCGAACAAAACCCAACAUGGACUAUCAUCGAUGGCACCAGACCUCUGACCCUGGAAGACUUGCGCUGCUCUUAUUUCUUCAUUUUUUUCAUCAUUACAGCCUUCUUUGGCACUGGUAACAUAGCAAGCAUCAACAGCUUUGACCCAUCAUCAGUAUACUGCUUUCUUACAGUGUUUUCACCUUUCCUAAUGGGCGCUUUACUCCUCUGCAAGGUCUUCAUUCCAUUUGUAAUUGUAACAUCUGCUUUUGAUGCUGUUCACAUCAUCUUGCAAGUUCCUGUUCAUAGUUUGUUUCUUGUUGUGCUAGUGUUGACAGAUAUCAUGGGGCUGCACUUCUUUUACCUCGUCAAGGAUUACGGCAGUUGGCUAGAGAUAGGUACCAGUAUUAGUCACUACGUCAUAAUGAUGACUUUUAUUAUAUUUUUGUUUCUUAUUUUUGGCUUAACGAGGUUAUUCACUGGUACUUUUAUUAAUUUAACCCAAAAGAAAAAGAAAAGCUAAUAAUCUUAGUAGUAAUAUUAACAUGAAAAAGACUUGCUUUAUCCAAGAAAGUCAACUUCACAAGGUUUGCACUAGAAUACUUUAAUCUUGGUCCAAGGGCCUGCAUCACUGAUCAAAUAAUAGUCUGAGGAAAGCAAGGAUUGUGUAGUAGUAGUGUGCAUUUGUUUCUCACCUCUAGAGUAUUGGGCUACAAUUACAGGACUAGGCAUUACAUGUGAAUAGACAGGCCUGUUGCUAGGACCUGGAAAGGUUAGGUUUGUUUUUCUACCAAUUUUACUAAAAUGGCACUAAACUUUAUUUCAUACUCCUACAAAAGUUAAGGGGUGUUUGUUUGAACCAUCAAACAACCCCUAGCGAUGGACCUGAUAGAGUAGAUGCUACUCACUCUUGCUUGAUUCAAGGCAUUUACUCUGGUUUCCUCUCUUCUGCAAAACCCAAUGCAUUAAAUUCCAAUUCAAUUAGCUAAUUGGGGGUGGAGGGGAAAAGUGGGUUGAGUUGGCAUUACAGUGUAUUGUGGGACUGUUUAAGGGGUCAUAUUUCCAAGAUGGCAUCUAUUUUUGCCCCCUAAAAGUCCCACAAUGCCAACUUAACCCAGUUUUUUUCUUUAACCUUGAAAUGUAGAGUGCUCACACUUAAUCUGUGAAACCAUGAAUUAAUUCUGUGAUCUAUAUUUAUUUAGCACUAAAAUAUUUGAGUGCAAUAUCUAUUGUCGUCAUACUGUUUCUUUGGUGCUAUCUGGUACAAAUUAUGCUGUACUCUCAUAAAUGUACUGUAGUGUUAAGCUACACAUGGUGCAACAUUGCGCGCAAUGUUGCAUGCAAUUUGUUACGAGCCAUGACACAUUGCACAAUCUGUUGCAUGCAACAUUGCUGAGUAGAAAACUAUCCUACUUCAGCAACAUUGUCUGCAAUGUUGUGCGCAAUGUUUCACCACAUGUCAUGCCUUUAGAUGCACAAGAGGUAGAUGUCAAAUACUAGUAAAUUUUUACAGAAUAUUUAAAACUCUCUUUAUUAUCAGCCAAGUUCCAGGUAAUUUUUAAUUAUUUUUGCACAACUUAAUAUAUUUUAUAUAAGUGUAAAAUAUUUGCACUUUCCACUUAGUAAGUCACAUUCAGAAUCAAAAAAUUUAAUUUAUAAUUUUUUGUUGUAUUUACAAGAGAGUUGUUAACAAUAUUUUAU